AUGGAACGCAUGCCGCCGCAACCCGCGGGGACGGGCGACAAAGGCCCCGCCGCCCGCCCCACAAAAAACGAAGGCGCCUUCCCCUCCACCGCUGCCGAAGGCACAAAGUUCUCGAAUGCGCGCCGCGAACAGGAAGAAGGCGUCGAGCGCCACCGUCUUGCGAGCUUCAACUUGCAUGCCUCUGCCUCCGCGUUUCGGCACUUAGGCUCUCGCCUGGCUUCGCUUCGCGGGGCUGAGGGCAGUCACGCAGGCGCGCCCCCCCCCGCCCUGGAAGAAGAGAAAGAGGAGCCGGACUCCGACGCGGAAGACGAUGACACGCCCGCGUGUAUUCGACUCUGCUUCAAAAGCGUCAAAACGCUUUUCCCCGACGCCGACCCUUUCUACUGGUUUGCCUUCGCCCUCAUCGCCUGCCUCAUCACCGUCUUAAUUGGCCUUGGAGACGGCACGAGUCCAGAUCAACAGCAGUACAGCCUCGGCGUUGCUUCCCCUGGAUGGAAACCGGGAGACACUGCCGAAGCAACCACGAAACCUCCCGAAAUCAUUGAAGACGUGAAUAUGCCGACCUUCUUGUCGCGAGGCGGCCUCGCGUUCUUCUACGUGAUUUGCAUCAACAUCGCCCUUUGGCUGAGCUUCAUGCUCCUGCGACUGGUGGUCAUUCUGGGCGUGUUGAACUUUGUCUGCUACGAAAUGCAAGGCGCGACUGCGUUCACUGCGACUGUCGAUCCGGACAUCUUCUACGUCAUCUGGAGUGUCUUUUGCUACAUCCUCUGGCUGAACAACUCGGACAGAACGAAUCUGGUCCUGGUGGCGAAGAACACGGCGGACGUCCAGCCGCUUAUGUUUUUUAUCUUCUUCGGAAAAGACCUGUGCUUCCCCUCUUCGUCGCUCCAGAUCAUCUACAUCUGCAACAUCGUGAUGAUAAUUCUGAGCUGCCGGCGCCUCUUGCUGUCUCUCAUGAUUUUCGUCUUUGAGCUCGGCUUCCUGAUGAACAUGAACAACCAAGCAGUCGCGUACCUCAGUCGCUAUUCUCGCCUGCGAAAGUUCAACAUCAAAUGGUGCACCUUCGCGGCACAGGCUGCGGCGGAGACGGAAUCUUGCGGGAGCGAGACGAGCAAAUUUGCGUCGAGACUGGAGAGCCUGGCUUACGGCUCCGGCCUCCAAGACCAGGGAGUCCCCGCACAGGCGCCUGGGCCGUUUCAGCGUGGCCCACCGCAGUGUUGUCCGGGCGGCAGCUUGCCUGAACAAGACGCCUUUCGCCCCAUACAGCGGAACGCUUUCGCGGGCGAGGCGGUUGAGGGAGACGCCUUUGAGAAAAUCAAACAGCUCCAGGAGGCGUCCCGAAAGGGGCCGAAAGAUCACUUUACUGCGACACGGUCGGGACUGCGCCACUCUGGCGAGUCCCUCCGCGAGGGGAAGACGCUGCUGAGAGCCGCGACUCAAGGCAAGGAACACGGGGUGAAGCACCUCCGCAUUCGGCACGCGGCGACCGAGAAACGUCUCCGCGACGAAUUCGGCACCGCCAACCUUCCUCGGCAGCUGCAUCCAAAGUACAUAGAGAAAUCGAAGACGUCCAAGAUUCGAAACUGGCUGCUGAUUCACUACGUGUACGACUACGCGCCGGCCAUGUUUGUUCGCUCCGAGCGCAUUGAGUUGGUCCACAAGCCUGUCGCGAAGCAAGUCGCAGAUCUUCUCUUCAAAGAGAUCAUUCGGGACCAGUCCGAGCUCGAGGCGGCCAAGAUGAGCCUCGCACCCUACAACCCGCUGCCUCCCACGGCGGCGUCAGAAAACCCAAAUGCUGACUGCCCUGACGCCUCAGGCUUCAAAGACCUCGCGGAUCCCCAGAACGGCCAGCCGCCCGAUCUGGUGUACGCAGCGUCUCCGCUGCCGCCGGGAUUUGGGGAGUCUCUCAAUGUUGGUCCCGAAGUUGCCCCUGUGGUCCAAGCUUUGUGCGGGAACCUGCAGCCAGAGAGCGAAGACGCAGCUCUCCAGUCGCUUCCGACCUCGACAGGUCCGUCUCCGUCCCCUCCACCAGCGUCUUCUCCGCAGCCUUCCGGAUCUGAACCGCCGAAUCUGGAGGCGAAGCCUGCGGAGAAAGCAUCCACCGAGCACUCCGCACUAGGAGAGGCACGCGCUCCCGCGCCUGCCUCAUCGCCGGUAGCUGGGUCGGAAGGGGACGGAAAAGCGCAGGCGCCUCCAGGUCCGACUUCUCUAACGCCCCCGGCGACAGUCGUCUGCCAGAGAGAGGCCCCGAGAACGCCGGGCGGGAACGACGCCGAUCCGCGGAAACGUGGCCUCGCGAAAGGCGCGACUGCGGCCCUGUCGCUCUUGCAGGCGCAAGACUCGGAGGAGUUCGAACCCCUCGAAGGUGAUUUCGACUUCCGCGUGCUGGACAAACAAACCGCGAGUCUCCCGGAGCACCUGCGCACCAAACACUUUGAAACCCACACGCCGUUCUCCAUCUCUGUUAGCCCCGACCAAGCCGAUGUGGCCGAGCACCUUAGCCGCGAAGCAGCAGCACAGUCUCCUGAGGCUACCCUGGAACAUCGGGGCAAGGACGGCCAUGACGGAGACCGUCGGCAAACACGGCUGGAAGUUGGGCCCCCGACACCUGUGACAGAGAGCCGGCCUCCCUUUUCUGCGUUCGCUCAGUUUUUUUCCUCGCCUUCGCACCAGCGAGCGUUCGACGGCGACGCUUCUUCGGGAGGGAUGACGCGGGGCGUUUCUGGUGCUCGUGCCCCGGCCUUGUCUUCGCCGCCGGCGAAGCGAGGCGCAGACGCGAGAGGCGCAAGACCCUGCGGGCUCCGCUCGUGGGUGGCCACGAACAGGCGAGUGAGGCAGCCGCGGACGAGCACCUCGCCUGAAAGAAGCGAGGUCGAGUGUCUUCGCGUCAUCUGCAAAGGGGAUAGUGACGCGAGCCUGUCGGGCUUUGACUCAGAGGCCGAGUCGAGCGACGCCGAGAGCAAACAGGAGCGCAUGUGGCUGCAGCGGGGUUCCUGGAGAACCCGGAAAUCGUGGGCGGAGACUCUCGGCAGCCACGCCAAAUUCUCGCAUUCUGAGGACAGUGAAGCCAGCCGAGAAUCAAAUGAAGAGAAGAAGGCGUCAGAGCUGCUGCUUCGACCGUACCUCUUUCAGGCGCGACAGAGCACACAAAGGGGGGCGCCUCUUGCGGCCCUUUCUGCGGAGACUGAGCCGUCGCAAGUCCCUCACACACCACGCGCGACGCGCCGCAUGGCGCGGCAUCGCACCGUCGAUCUUCCCCAGGAAUCCUGCGACGAGGACCUUGCGGCAGUGCGUCGGAGACGCGGGGAUGUAGAGCUGGUGCCCCGGAAUAGAAUGGUGGAAGAACGGAGGAGACAACAGCCGAAGAGGAACGCCUCUUCUCCGCAGGCGUACCGGGUCUCGGCGACGCACGGAUUUGAACUGCCGGCGCUCUUCGGCUCUGCUGCUCCUGCAGCUGCCGACCCCGCAAAGAAUGGGCCGCAGCCAGGUCCCGCGGCUCCACUGGGUCUCGACGGGGCGGAGGCCGCGGAUGUCCCCUCGGGGGCCCCCGGUGAGGCGGCCGCAGCGACCGCUCGUUGGGCUCCGGAGACACUGCCGCCGGCCGCGCCCGUCGUCACGCCCACGGUCGCCCCUGCGAAUCCGGGGAACUUCCUGUCACCCAAUGCUGUGAUUGACGGGGAAUUCCUGAAGCCGCGGGUGAGGUCAAAUGCCGUGUUUUGUCCGACGGGACUCGAUCUCCCUGCACAGGAGGAGAAGGAAGAAGUGGCUGUAACGAGAGAAUACAUCGACUUGUUUUUGAAGCCAGAGGAAGCAGACGAACUAAUGAAAGACGUUGACCUAGCAGGGCACGGCAAAUUCAACGACGCGAUGUUCAGGCGAGCGGUUGUCAUCCUCUAUUCCAUGCGAAAAAAACUACUCAAAUCCCUCAAGAGCCAAGCGAGCAUCGCUUCUACAGUCAGUCGAAUGAUUUCCGUCCUUCUGUGGGUCGUCUCGUUCAUCAUCUUGCUGCUCGUCCUCGGAGUGAACAUCAACACCGUCAUUGUUUCCGGCGCCGCUUGUCUAUCCGCCAUUAUUGUCGCCCUGAGUUAUUUCUACCAGAAUUUUGUGACAGCCGUGCUUUUCAUUGCCGUGUCGAACCCGUUCAACGUUGGUGAUCGCGUUCGGAUCGACGGAGGUGAAAUCCUUUACGUACGGAAGAUUCGCACCUACACGACUGAAUUCGAAACUGCUCAUGGACGGCCUAUGUUUUUCAGCAACGCCGUGCUCUUCAACCGCGUCAUCACCAACGAGUCGCGUUCGAAGAACUCGUGCUUCGAGAUCCCCCUCGUCCUCGACAUUCGGACGCCCGAGAGCUCGAUUCGCCAGCUGCAGGCCUCGAUGCAGCGAUACAUGGAGAGCCGCAGCCUCGAGUUUGUUAAAGACACCUUCCGCAUGUUCGUCACGAAUGUGCAGCCAGGCCGUCAAAUCGAUAUUGCGUUUUGGAUGACGUGCGUCGAAGGGUGGGGGAACUUCCUGAAGGUUUUGCGGACUCGCACAGACGUCUACUUUUACCUUCUGAAGCAACUCGCGCGCCUCCACAUAUCGUUCCAGCUGCCGCUCCAACCCAUCCACUUCCCCUCCAGCGCCUCCCAGGGGGGCGGAAAUCCACCGGGCCGACUCGCGCCGUCGUCCACACCGCAGGAAAGAAAAGUCGUCAGCGCCGGUGCGGCAACCCAGCAGUUCCAGACCUCUCCCACGCACGGCAAGUCACUGCCGCUUUGCCUGGCCUCGAGUGCGUGGGGUGAUGGCUGUCUCCAGCCCGAAGUGUCUCCUUUUUCCUCGUCUCCGUUUGCCGUCGAAGCGUGGCCCGGAGUCGACUGCAUUCGUGUCAGUUCUCCUCUCGACCCUGCGCCGUGCCGCGGCGACGCGAAGGCCGCGCGACGCAAGGGGCAGCGGCUCUGGGAACGGGCUGGGGAGCUGGCAUCGGGCGUCUACGCCUCCGCGACCGCGUCCGCGGCUCGGGCCGCGAGCUGCGUUGGGCUCCGUGGAGACGGAGGAGACAGUUGGGGCGAGAGAGCGCGGCGAGAGAGAGGCCGCGAGUCUGGCCCGCUCGAUAGAGAGGUGAGGCGGUGGGGUUCCAAGUGGGUGGCUGCACGCGCAUCCACGCGGCUCAGAGAGAGGAGAACCUUCCGAGAGGACCAAAAGGCAGAGACAUCUCUUCGCUCUGCGUCGAGCGAGGAAGAAAGCCGCCUCCUUGAAGACCGCGAAGACUUGCCUGCGGUCUCCAGACAGCGUGUGAGCGUGAGUGGACUGCAGCGAGGGAGACGCUCGAGAGAAAAGGAGACAGUGAGACGUAGGCGCCCUAUGCAGGGACGCGAAUCUCGCGCUGCUUCGCCGUCUUCCCAGUCGCCGGCGCGACUGGGUUGGGGGAAAAGGGAGAGACAAGCUCUCCUACCUUGA